AUGGGAAAUCAUCCAAUCACUAUGCACAUAAGGAAAAAUAAAUUUGUUGGCAAUUCCAAGUACUACGCAGCAACAGCUGGGUCCGUAAUCGUUAUAACUGGAGCCUCAUCUGGAAUGGGGAAAGAAUUUGUGAAUAGAUACACAGCAAGGGGCUGCAAACUCGUUAUUGGUAGCAGAAAUAUUGACAGACUCAAUGAGAUUGCCAAAACCUGUAUGGCAAGGAAUCCUUAAUCAUAAGUUAUUGCAGUGUAAACUGACGUCACAUAAUGGAGACUAACUUUUUUGGAUAUCUUUACCCAACAAAGUAAUUAAGCUUACUUCAUCAAGUCAAAUAGAUAUGCAUUGCCAUUUUUGAAAAAUACGCAUGGUUAGAUAGUAGUGAUGUCAAGCUAUUCUGGUGAAAUCGGACUACAUUUUAGAACUGCAUACUGUGCCUCUAAAUUUGCAGUGACUGGAUUUUUUGAAAGUCUGAGAAUGGAGGUCUAGAAUGAAAUAGAUAUAACUAUAAUUUGCCCAAUCACUGUUGAAACAAGUUUUAGAGAGAAUUCGUUAGUCAAGGCAGUCUAAUAAACCAACGUUGACUAAUCAUAAGUAUAUUUAGAAUCUAAGAAAAAUGGCUCGUCAAUGGCUGUUGAGGAUGCAAUCGACGUCAUUCUUACUGCAAUCGAUGUUAAAAUGAGGAAAAUUUUCUUCCCUACUAAGGCAUGGUUUGCAAAUUAUCUCAGACCUUUGUUCCCUGACAUCGUCGAUAAAAGACUUUUCGCAAUGGCCAAAUUAUGA